AUGAAGGCGUUCAUUUUCUUUCCCUUCGUGUUCUGCGCCAUGUUCUCAGGGUCUUCAACCCAGACUUUGCAAACAAGUGUUAUUAAACUAGAAGAGGAUCCAGAACUUGCACUUACCUUAGAGAGAAAAAAUAAAGCUAACCCUCAAGGAGAACAAACAGAAUCGAAUAAGAAAGGUGAUAGCAACACACAAAGAAAACCAGGGAUCUUUAUUCUGGGAGGACAACCAGGGUAUUCUCACCAGCCAGUGAAACUAGAGAGUUUUAACCAGCAGGGGAAGCCAGGAGUUUCAAAUCAGCCUGGGAGUCUGCAAGGAAAUUCAGGAGAAUCUAAUCAAAAAGGUAGUUUAGAAAUCUCCAUUGAACCCGGAAAACCAGGAUCAUCUAGCCAGCAAGGAAAGCCAGGAUCAUCUAGCCAGCAAGGGAAGCCAGGAUCUUCUGGUCAACAAGGGGAAUCAGGGUCAUCUAGCCAGCAAGGAAAACCACAGCAGGGGAAGCCAGGAGUUUCAAAUCAGCUGGAGUCGCAAGGAAAUUCAGGAGAAUCUACAAAAGGUAGUUUAGAAAUCUCCAUUGAGCCCGGAAAACCAGGAUCAUCUAGCCAGCAAGGAAAGCCAGGAUCAUCUAGCCAGCAAGGGAAGCCAGGAUCUUCUGGUCAACAAGGGGAAUCAGGGUCAUCUAGCCAGCAAGGAAAACCAGGGUCAGCUAGCCAGCAUGGGAAGCCAGGAUCUUCUGGUCAACAAGGGGAAUCAGGGUCAUCUAGCCAGCAAGGAAACCAGGGUCAGCUAGCCAGCAAGGGAAGCCAGGACUGUCUAACCAACAAAGAAAACCAAAGUCUUUUUACAAUCAAGAAGAAAGAAAAAAUGUAG